AUGGAUUCACAGCAGCAGCAGCAGCAGCAGCAGCCCAACGUUGCUCCUGCGCAACCACAGCAAGCCUACCAUGGCGUCGCAAACGACAGCAUUCAGCCUGGUCAGCAGCCCAGCAACGGACACGGCCUGCCUCCGAGCUACGACAAGGCAAACCACGCGAGUGUCAUCCCCUUGAACCAGCUGGGCAACCAGCCGCAGUGGAUUGACUGUCCGUUCUGCCGUCAACGCACGAUGACGACGGUGCAGCGAGAGGGCACUUCUAUGCAAAUCCUCGUUGGUGCCCUCCUCUGCCUCUUCUGCGUUUGCCUCACCUGCGUGCCCUGCCUCGCCGGCUGGUUCGAAGACACCCACUACCGCUGCUCCAACUGCAAGAACGUGGUUGCUAUCCGGCGACAUGAUGGUCCGAUCGAAGUCUACGGCCCCGCGAUGCCCGUCUACUCUCAAUACAGCGGCAUCCAAGCUCCCAUGAAUGCCCAGCAGUCAAACUCUCAGCAGCCAUCACUGCCCCAACAGCCUCGGCAGCUUCUGCAACAGCAUCAGGAGCAAUAUCCCAUGCAUGAGCUUCAACCACAGAUUCAGCAACAGCAGCCUGUGCCGCGGCCUGAAGCCAAGAGCUGA